AGUUCUUAUCGAGUCUCUCAGAGCUUUCUCUUUCUUCCAUUUCUCUCUCCUGAAAUUACUCUCUCUCUAGUAAUUAGCUCGCCGGAGUCUCUACCAGAACUGGCUAACUCACCGGAAAUUCUGGAGGAGGUUGAUGCGACUAACCAAAGGGUGGUACGCGCCCUAUAUGAAGCCUUAGGCUCACGUGACGUCGACACGGUCCACCGACUUCUCGCCGCCGACCUCGAGUGGUGGUUCCAUGGCCCGCCUUCCCACCAGUUUAUGAUGCGCUUGCUCACUGGUGUCUCAUCCGACGAGUCAUUUGUCUUCGAGCCACUCGCCCUCGCGUCUUUCGGUUCGACAGUCCUCGCCGAGGGCUGCGAUCGCAGCGGUUCAAUCGCCUGGGUCCACGCCUGGACGGUCACUGAUGGGGUAAUAACCCAAGUCCGAGAGUACUUCAACACCUCCCUCACCGUCACCCGUCUCUCCAACUCCGACUUCACGACGUCACCCUCGUCGUCGAUCUCUGCCGCGUCGUCGUCGUCGACUCCCUCGCCGCCGUCGCGCCAUUGCCCCUCCGUCUGGGAGAGCAGCUACUCGGAUCGGGUCGGAAAAUCGGUUCCGGGUCUUGUCCUGGCAAUAUAAGGAAACGUGCCGAUCACUUGCAGCCGUACGCAAUAUAAUAAUAUACAAUAAAUAAAUAAAGAGGGAGUGAUUUGGCUGCCACUCCCGAUUUCCAUAUGGGCUGACUCACCGGAAUCUCUCGUGUCUGGUGGAUGUGAGUCCAAGGUUCGGUUUGGCUCUUUUGUUUCUUCAUCCAGUGUGUCUUAGUUAUCCAGUACUUUGGUUGCAGUAUUGUACCGUGUGUCAGAGUUGGGAAGCACCAAUCAGAUGGAGAUGCCUUCUUGGUCAUAUCUUCAUCACCAGUGUGUAAUAAAAUGGUUUCAUAUUUCAAUAAAUAUGUAUUCCUCCGAUUGCCUUA